CAACAGUCCAGGCGAGCAGGGGGGAGGAGGCAAGGAAGGAAGGAAGAUGUAAAGGGAAAGGGUGUGAGCAUUCCACAGUGGAGGGAACAGCGCGAGACCCGAUCUGGGAGAAAAGAGAGGGCGGGGGGAGGGGGAGGCAACGGCGGAGCCGAAUCCGAAUCCGGGCCGCGAGUUGCAUCAAAACCCCGCAGCCCCACGCCACCCCCGCACGCACGCACACGGUCCGGGGAGGGAGAUGCAGCGGCAGAAGCAACAGCAGCAGCAGGUGGUGCUAAUCAGCCGCAGGACAGGAGCCUGCAGCCGCCAUUAAACAAUAGGAGCAGCCGCCGCCGCCGCAGCAGUAGCAGGCAGGGAGCCGGAGUCACUGGCCGCGGCCGAGGGAGAACCAGCCGAGCUUCGGGAGCAGCCCGAGCUCGGACUGGGGGGCUGCGUGAGGGGACAGGGAGGAAGAAGGGAAGGUGGAUAGGCAAGGAGGAGAAGCCGCGGCAGCCGCAAUCGUCGUCGUCGUCGUCGUCGUCGCCGCCGGGAGCCGCACCGCCCCGUGAGCUGCGCCGAGACCGGCACGCAGGCAGCGGCUGAGCCCGGCCGACCGAGGCGGAGCGCAGCCAAGGGGCCCGAGAAGCGGAGGGCGGGGGGCGGUCGCCGAACCCGGCCAGUGGCCGCCGCAGCAGCAGCAGCAGCAGCUGCAAGAGGAAGAGAAGGAGGCGCCGUCGCCGCCGUUGCUGCAGCUGCUUACCAGAUCGUCGCCCUCCCCCACAUCCACGAGUGACAUGAUGUUUCCACAAAGCAGGCACUCGGGCUCUUCUCACCUGCCGCAGCAGCUCAAGUUCACCACCUCCGACUCCUGUGACCGAAUCAAAGAUGAGUUUCAGCUCCUGCAGGCACAGUACCAUAGCUUGAAGUUGGAGUGUGACAAGCUGGCCAGCGAGAAAUCGGAAAUGCAGCGUCACUAUGUCAUGUACUAUGAGAUGUCCUACGGCCUCAAUAUUGAAAUGCACAAACAGGCUGAAAUUGUCAAGCGGCUCAACGGUAUCUGUGCUCAAGUCUUGCCUUAUCUGUCGCAAGAGCACCAGCAGCAGGUACUGGGCGCCAUCGAGCGGGCCAAGCAGGUGACGGCUCCAGAGCUGAACUCCAUCAUCCGCCAGCAGCUUCAAGCUCACCAGCUCUCGCAGCUCCAGGCUCUGGCUCUGCCGCUGACCCCACUGCCCGUCGGCCUGCAGCCCCCGUCCCUCCCGGCCGUCAGUGCCGGCACCGGGCUCCUCUCCCUGUCGGCCCUGGGCUCCCAGGCCCACCUCUCCAAGGAGGACAAGAACGGGCAUGACGCGGACGCCCACGCUGACGACGACGGCGACAAGUCGGAUUAAAAGCCAGGGCCGGGGCAGGGGGCAGAGGGGAGAGUGGAUCAGGCAGAGACGCAGGGGCGCCGGGGCCACUACUCGGUCACCACCGCCCAACUGCGCUAGUAUUUAUGGUAGCAGGCAAGCAAGCCUGGGUUUUGAGCACAGGUAGUCUCCUCUCAUCUACCCUGCCUCGCUUACAUGGAGCAACCUCCACCCCUUCACCCUCCCGCCCCCCCCCCCCCCUCCCACUCCCCUCCUCCUUCCCCUUUAUGGCAAGUCCUAGGCCAGGACCCAGCCAGAUCACAAUGGAACACAAAAGCCUGUCUGCUCCAAGCUCCCUGAAGCCUACUGCUGCCUUCCCCUCUCCUUCCCUGGCCACAUUUUUCCCCAAGCCCCUACUGGACCUCCCUUUCCCCUCCCCAGCUGCCCAGUCUGUGGAGAACCUGGCCCUCCAACACAGCAGUUCCCAGGUCCCAGUGGGCACUGCAUGCCAUCACAAGGGUCACCCCCACCCCCACCCCCGGCCCGCCUGAUGUUUCCCUAUUAAAAAAAAACAAACAAAAAAAACCCAGGCGGUUGCUCUGCCUGCUCCCCUUCUCCCCACCCCAGCUUCUGUCGUUAGAGCCAACUCUUGGCCUUCCCAGCACGCAUCCUUUCCCGGGGCCCCGUCUCGCACCUUGCUACCUGCAUGGGUCUCCCGCCAGGGCCAGAGCUAGCGCUGUGGGUGCCCAGCUGGCUUCCCUAAGAACCCCCGAGCUCUAUAGAAGGGGGCAGUGGCAACCUUUUCCGUUGUAAACUCGUCUAGCUGGGGAGGCAGAGGAGUCGGGGUUUGGGGGAGGAGGGCAGCGGAGUGGAUCUGGAUCUGGCUUGGAUUUCUCCCUCCUCCCUCUUCCUCUCCUCCCCCUACUUCCCCAAUAAAGAUGAGGAUACUGCAGCUUUCUCUGUUUUUCUUUCAGUGCGCUAGCCUGUCUUAAAAAAGAAAAAAAAACGAAAAAAAACUUGUGUUUGUAUAUAGUCCUUUAGACGAUCUUGUUUGCUUUUUGUGUUUUAAUCAUUUGACCUAUACUAAAGAGGAACUGAAGAUGCUGUAUUGAGGAUGUACUAGCUGUGCCUUUCAAAUAAAGAAGUAAGAAGGUUGGUUUAAACA